AUGACGAUUCCUUUUCUUUUCUCGUUCAUUGUAGUGAUUCCAAAUAUUCCAGCUGAUGCUCUAUGGGCACAGAAUGGAGUGACCAUGGCUGGAGGCCAUGGAAAAGGUAAUGCCGCCAAUCAGCUCUCGGGCCCUGAAGGUAUUUUCGUUGAUGAUGACCAAACGAUAGUCAUUGCUGACUUGAGCAAUCAUCGUAUCGUUCAAUGGAAGAUGAGCGAUAUGAAUGGACAAGUGGUAGCUGGUGGCAACGGUCAAGGAAAUCAAUUAGAUCAAUUAAAUGGGCCAACUGAUGUGUUGAUCGACAAAGAAACAGAUAGUUUCGUUAUUUGUGAUCGACAGAAUAAACGAAUCGUACGAUGGUCUCGUCGUAAUGACACAACUCAAGGAGAAAUCUUCAUCAACAACAUCGAAUGUUGGGGAUUGGCCAUAGAUGAUCAGAGAUAUAUUUAUGCCUGUGACAUUGAAAGGCAUGCAGUAAGACGAUACCACAUAGAAGACAAGAAUGAAACUAUUGUGGCUGGUGGCAAUGGUUACGGUGGUGGUCUCAAUCAACUCGACUGGCCAUCCUAUCUCUUUGUCGAUCAACAACAGUCCGUAUACGUGUCAGACCGUAACAAUCAUCGUGUGAUGAAAUGGAAUAAUGGUGCAAAUGAAGGAAUUGUCGUUGCUGGGGAUCAAGGCCAAGGAGAGGCUCUGACACAACUGAACAGGCCAAAAGGAGUGUUCGUCGAUACGUUGGGCACUAUCUAUGUAGCAGAUGAUCUGAAUAAUCGAGUGAUGCGUUGGCGUAAAGGAGCGAUGCAGGGCAUCGUUAUUACGGGUGGCAAUGGUGCUGGAGAAGGAGCAAAUCAGUUCAGGGGUCCACAAGGUUUGUCCUCCGAUCGAGAUGGUAAUCUCUAUGUCGCCGAGUGGGGAAAUAAUCGUGUUCAACGAUUUUCUAUCGAAUAG